UCCUGCAGUCUGUUCCAGAGUCUGAUCGGAUGUAACAGGACACGAUGUCUCUUCCUCGCUGUGUGCUGCUGCUGUCCUGCUUCCUGCUGGUUCUGCUGCUCAAGGUUCCUGGGACUCGAUCCAGACCGGCCACAGAGGACACAGACACAGCAGACGCCGUUAAAUCCUCUGAAGACGAAGGAGACGAUGAGUCAUCCUCUGAGGAAAACAAACUGUCCAACGAGCAGUCCACCAGCAACGAGAAGUUCCAACCUCCUCAGUGGGUGCUGCCGGAGAAGAUGCAGAAGAGUCUCCACGCCGUUCCCGCCAGCAGGACGGUGAAGUUCCGAUGCCUGGCCACCGGGAGCCCCGUCCCCACGCUGCGCUGGUACAAGAACGGGAAAGAGUUCAAAAAGGACCAGAGGAUCGGAGGGUUCAAGCUCAGAGACCACAUGUGGAUGCUCAUCAUGGAGUCGGUGGUGCCGUCCGAUAAAGGGAACUACACCUGUGUGGUGGAGAACGAACACGGGAGUCUCAAACACACCUACCUGCUGGAUGUAGUGGAGCGAUCCCCUCACAGACCGAUCCUGCAGGCCGGUCUGCCGGCGAACCAGACGGCGGUCGUCGGCACCGACGUCGCGUUCGUGUGCCGGGUGUUCAGCGACCCGCAGCCUCACAUCCAGUGGCUCAAACACAUCGUCGUCAACGGCAGCAGGGAGGGACCGGACGGACACCCGUACGUCCUCGUCCUCAAGACUGUGGGUUUGAACACCACGGAUAAAGAGAUGGAGGUGUUUACUCUGAGGAACGUGUCUCUGAAGGACUCAGGAGAGUACACCUGCCUGGCGGGGAACUCCAUCGGCGUGUCUCAUCACUCGGCGUGGCUCACCGUCAUCAACGACGAGCCCCCCGCCCCACUGCCCUCUCAGACCUACCUGGAGAUCUUCAUCUACUGCCUCGGGUUCUUCGUCAUCGUCAUCCUCGCGGCGAUAGGAGUCAUCUGCAGGCUCUGCUGCGCCCCCAAGAAGAGCGACUUCAACAGCCAGUUAGCCGUGCAGAAGCUGGCCAAGAGCAUCCCUCUGAGGAGACAGGUGUCCGUGGAGUCCUCGUUCUCCCUGCAGUCCGGGAUGUGUUUGAUGCGUCAGUCUCGCCUCUCCAGCGCGGCCACCACCAUCCUGACCGGGAUGUCCGAGUACGAGCUCCCUCAUGACCCGGCGUGGGAGCUGUCCCGAGACCGGCUGACGCUGGGGAAGCCUCUGGGUGAGGGAUGCUUCGGUCAGGUGGUUCUGGCUGAGGCCGUCGGGAUCGAUAAAAACAAGCCGACACGUCUGACGAAGGUCGCCGUGAAGAUGCUGAAAGCCGACGCCACAGAGAAGGAUCUGUCCGACCUGAUCUCUGAGAUGGAGAUGAUGAAGAUGAUCGGCAAACACAAGAACAUCAUCAACCUGCUGGGAGCGUGCACGCAGGACGGUCCUCUCUACGUGGUGGUGGAGUACGCCUCUCAGGGGAACCUCAGGGAGUACCUGCGAGCUCGGAGACCUGCGGGGUUGGAGUACUGGAGCGGGUCCAGGCAGGCGUCUCUGGACGGUCUGGAGAUCAGAGAGCUGGUUUCUGCUGCGUACCAGGUGGCCCGAGGGAUGGCGUACCUCGCCUCCAAAAAGUGUAUCCACAGAGACCUGGCCGCCCGUAACGUCCUGGUGACCGAAGACAACGUGAUGAAGAUUGCAGACUUCGGCCUCGCGAGAGACGUCCACCACAUCGACUACUACAAGAAGACCACCAAUGGUCGUCUCCCGGUGAAGUGGAUGGCUCCUGAAGCGUUGUUUGACCGGGUCUACACACACCAGAGCGACGUGUGGUCUUUCGGAGUCCUGCUGUGGGAGAUCUUCACCCUCGGGGGGUCUCCGUACCCCGGGGUCCCCGUGGAGGAGCUCUUCAAGCUGCUGAAGGAGGGACAUCGAAUGGAGAAGCCAUCAGCGUGCACACAGGAGCUGUACCUGAUGAUGAGGGACUGCUGGAACGCCGUCCCGUCUCGCAGGCCGACUUUCCUGCAGCUGGUGGAAGAUUUAGACCGGACGCUUUCUCUCAUGGCCAACCAGGAGUACGUGGACCUGUCCGUCCCCCUGGUCCAGUACUCUCAGGUGGAGUCCUCUUCCUCGGAUCAUUCCUCCACAUAGACCUCCUGGGACUUUUCUUCUCUCUCUUCCCGGAUCACUUUGGAUCCUGUAUCUGGGCGGCGGUCCCAGAUGAGAUUUUGGCGCUGGGAUGAUCUGCUUCUCUGUCGUCCGUCAGCCUGAUGUGAAGAACAGCUGGACUGAGCUGGAUCCUCACGGAGGCCUCAGGAAGCAGCUCACUCUCUGCGACGCUCGCUGCUUCUUCACGGCGGGGUUCAUGGACUGAGUUCCCCCCGCUGACAGACUGUGAGAGCUGCGUUUGUUUGUGUACAGUGUUUAUAAAGAUGUUGUUUUGUACAUACUGUAAAUAAUAUUUGUGUUUUAUGGAAGAUUUUAAAAAAGGCUGAAUUUAUACUAAAGAAAUAACUGAUUAAAACACAUCCUGGCUCCUGUAAUAACGUCAUACAUCAUGGUUUUAUAGAAGUGGUCUUUAAUAAUAAUAAUAUUUUGCACCUUCCUUACGUCUCAGUCAGCUUUGUUUACAGAUCCGAUGUUUCAGACUGACGUCCAGUGUUACAGAACAAGUUUUGCACUUAUCCUCCUCCAGCUGAUUUCAGCCUAACAUGUACAGAAAUGUUUCCAGAUGAAUGUGUAAAAAAAACUGAAUUUAACAGUAUUAAAUCUUUUUAUAAAGUUU